GAAGGAGCAAGAUAUAAAAUGGAAAGAGGAUGUGGUUUACGAAGAAUUGACGCCUGAAGCAACCCUCAUGAAUUUCAACCACAGCAAUUCAGAGAGCAUCACUGAUGUUUGCCCUAAUGAGGACCUUCCCGAAGUAGAGCUAGUGAGCAUGCUAGAAGAACAGCUGCCUCAGUACAAACUACACGUGGAUUCUUUAUAUCUUCCUGUAAAUGAUGACUGGAUACAGUCAAGAAGUUCUCACGGUCAUGGUCCUGAAACUUCUCCUGUUCUUGCUGAGGAGGCACUCCAUUAUAUGAUUGCUGGCACAGAUAGAGGAGACCAUGUACCCAAAAAUUGCAAUGAUAUUGAAGUAAUCACUCAUCUGUUGACUGAGAAAGAUCGAGAUCUAGAAUUAGCAGCACGGAUUGGACAAGCCCUUCUUAGACGAAACCAUAUCCUAACUGAGCAAAAUGACGUUCUGGAAGAUCAGUUGGGUCAAGCCUUUGACAAAAUUCACCAGCUACAGCAUGAACUGACAAAAAAAGAUGAACUGCUUCGUGUGGUAUCCACCGCUUCUGAAGAAAGUGAGACGGAUUCUAGCUGUUCCACGCCACUUCGCUUCAAUGAGUCCUUCAACUUAUCCCAAGGUUUCUUACAGUUGGAUAUCUUACAAGAUAAACUCAGGGAAUUGGAAGAGGAAAACCUAUUACUUCGAACAAAGGUAACUUACAUUCUUAUUCCUUUUGGGUAUUAUUAAUUGAAUAUAAAUCCAAGCAUUAAAAAAAAGGAUAUAUUAACAUGGCUAAGGUCAUGCUUAUGGAAGAAGUUAUAAGUAAGAUUGUUCAACUUCCUCAGGGUGCCGUCGGCCAGACAGUGUCGGCUAGCGACCCCCAGGGGGAGAGUCUUCUCUGUGGGACU